AUGGGCGAUAUCAACGAAACGAUUUUAGCAUUCAGACAGCGUGAAGAGCCGUCGGUGAUGGUGAUGUACAACAGAGCAAAGAAGCUCAUUAAGAUCUCAAAUUAUAUGCCGUGUCGGAUUUUAAAAUGUGCCUGCCGUGGAUGGACCUGUGAUGAGAAAAUUAAACAACCACAGUUGAAUACUCCAUGUGCUCAUAAAGAUUGUAAACAUGGAUUAUGUGACCAUAUCUCACAUUUGAUAAAUGCUUCAGAAAAUAUGUUGAACUCUUUAAUGCGGUUAAUAUUUGAUUUUGAAAACGUAAGAGAUGAAAUAGAAUAUCUAUCAACGUUGCCUUCUGAUGAUCAAAAAAAAUUAUUACUACAAAAAUGUAAAGAAUUCGUAUAUCAUGAAAUAAAGAAUUUUAUUUCUCCUGAUUCUUUAGUUGUAAUCAAAGAUCCAAUUGAAAUAGUGCCAUUUGAGUCUCCAACUAUAAUUGAGAUUUUAAAGAACUUUUGCUUGUAUAAGUUUUUACUUAAUCCUCAACAUGUAAAAGUUGCUUUUCAAAUUGUAAAAAUGAUAUUGAAAAGUUUUGAUCAAUGGGUAUGGUAUACAUCUGAGGAACUUUCAUCUUUCAAUAGAAUACGAUACAACAGGAGUUAUGAAUCUUAUUAUCAGAAGUAUAAAGAGAAUUUUUUAUUUCCCAAUUCUAUUCAAUCACUAUCAAGACCAAGACUAACAAGCAGUAUGGUAUUUGGUCAAGAUGUUUUAAGAUACACUAUAGGGCCAUUCAGAACAUCUAUUGCCGAGAGUUUUCUAAAUGAAAUAAAUGAUUUUACCUUCAGUAAAAGAUGCGUAAAGCUCAAAAUGUUGCCAAGGUUUUUGGAGUUAUUCGAAUUCGAAGUGUAUGCUCUUGAUUCACCCAUCUGGAACCUAAAUCACACACAUACGCCUUAUCCAAAAAACGUGUUAGAUAAUUUAAAUUCCAAAUUAACUGAACUGAUCCAAAAUCAUUUAAAUGAAACCAUAAUGCAUUUAAAUGAAAAAAAGACACAAGGAAGAAUAUACAAAAGUAGUUGUUUAACAAAUGGAGUUGUGAAACGAGUGCCAGACGAAAAUUAUAACAAUUAUGUAUUAAUAGAUAAACUUAUAGAGGCGUUUGAAAGUAUGUGUAUUGAUUUUGGUCCCAAUACAUCUUUAAAGGGUUUUAUGACAGACCAGAAUAAAUCUAAAACUCAAAUAAAAGACAAAAAUGCAGGAAUAGAAAUGAUGGUAUUUGAUUGCAAGUCAAAUUUUACAAAAUGUGUGUUAUGCCGCAAAGAGUUAAAAAAGAUGUACUUAACUCGAUUACCAAGACUUUCAGAUAUAUGUGUUACAAAAUUGGAAAAAGAUAAACAAAUACAAACAUUGGCCAUGUUGGAAGAUGGUGUUCCUGUUGGUGGAAUAUAUUUCCGCACAUUCAAAUCUCAACGUUUCACUGAAAUAAUAUUAAGUGUGUUCAAAAUUGAUUUACAUGCUAAUGGAUAUGAAUCGCGUUUAAUGAGUUAUUUAAAGGACUAUAAUAUAAAAAAUGAUAUAUGGGAUUUACUGGUUUACGCUGAUAAAGGAACAUUUGAAUUUUUCAAUAAACAGAAUUUUAGUCCAAAAGUGAAAAUCCCAAAGACAGUAUUUAAUAAGCAUAUAACACAUUAUGGAGAUUCCUACAAUUUGAUGCAUUGCAAUUUAAAGAAGUGAACAAUAACCGAAAUUCUCUAAAUUAUAAUAUUAUAUAGCAUAGGUGGCCAA